AUGUUCCCUCAACGAACAAUGCUACGCUUUGCGACCCAGCUCCGCUCUCCAGCUAUCCGCCGAGGUGUCCAGCGCCGUUUUGCUAGCACCGAGAACUCCGCAUUCCAUGGUGCCGAGGAUAAUGCUUUCAAUCGCGAAAGGCAGGCGGUUAAGGACCAUGCGGCUAGCUCAAGUGAUCUCUGGCGCAAGCUUUCUAUCUAUGUCGCUGGUCCCUGCUUGAUCAUCUCCGCUGUCAAUGCUUAUAACCUGUGGAAUGAGCAUUGGGAGCAUUGGGCUCAUGAGCCUCCUCUGGAGGAGAGACCUGAGUACCCAUUCCAGAACAUCAGAACCAGGAACUUCUUCUGGGGUGAUGGUGACAAGACUCUUUUCUGGAAUGAUGAAGUCAACUACCACAAGAAGGACGAGUAA